ACUAAAAACCCUAGCACUUGGCUUUUCCUACAUCGUCUCUUGCUCUCUUAUUCGCAUCACUCCACUUGUGCUGCAGCUGCUCUCUCUCUCUCUCUCUUUCUCUCUCGCGGAAGAACGCUCCGCCUCACAGAUCUUAAGUCUGAGCGAAACGUUUUUCCGGAACAGCCAUGGCUUUGGUCUUGCAUGCAGGGAAGACAAACAAAAAUGGUUACAAGGCGCUCAUUGUUGCCGAGUACAGUGGUGUGAAAGUUGAACUUGCACCGAACUUUGAGAUGGGUGUUACAAACAAGACUCCUGAGUAUUUGAAGUUAAACCCUAUCGGAAAGGUUCCGCUGUUGGUAACACCUGAUGGUCCCAUCUUUGAGAGUAACGCUAUUGCACGCUAUGUCGCACGCUUGAAGGCUGACAAUCCUCUGUGUGGUUCUUCUCUGAUUGACUAUGCCCAUAUCGAGCAAUGGAUUGAUUUUGGAUCCUUGGAGAUUGAUGCUAACAUACUUAAUUGGUGGUUAUCGAGAGUGGGACGUCGCAUGUACCUUCCUCCAGAUGAGGAAGCUACAAUUUCUGCAUUGAAGAGAGCACUAGGUGCCUUGAACACCCAUCUUGCUUCCAACACAUACCUAGUUGGGCAUUCUGUAACCCUUGCUGACAUUGUUGUUGGUUGCAAUUUGUACUUGGGGUUCACCCAAAUUUUGACUAAGAGCUUCACCUCAGAGUUUCCCCACGUUGAGAGAUACUUCUGGACUCUGGUCAAUCAACCAAACUUCAAAAAGGUAAUGGGUGAUGUCAAGCAGGCUGUUUCAGUUCCACCAGUUGUAUCUGCAAAGAAGCCUGCCCAACCUGCUAAAGGCAAGGCCAAGGAGGAGCCCAAGAAAGAAGCCAAAAAGGAGCCGGAAAAACCCAAGGCAGAAGCUGCCGAGGAAGUGGAAGAGGCUCCAAAGCCUAAACCCAAGAAUCCUCUUGAUCUGCUUCCCCCAAGUAAGAUGGUAUUGGACGACUGGAAGAGACUUUACUCUAACACAAAGACCAACUUCCGUGAGGUUGCUAUUAAAGGAUUCUGGGACAUGUACGAUCCCGAAGGAUACUCUCUUUGGUUCUGUGAAUACAAGUACAAUGAUGAGAAUACAGUUUCCUUUGUGACACUGAACAAGGUCGGUGGAUUCCUUCAGAGGAUGGAUUUGGCCCGCAAGUAUGCUUUUGGAAAGAUGCUUGUGAUUGGCUCAGAGGCACCCUUCAAGGUGAAGGGGCUGUGGCUCUUCCGUGGGCAAGAAAUUCCCAAAUUUGUGAUGGAUGAGUGCUACGACAUGGAGCUCUACAACUGGACAAAGGUUGACAUUUCGGAUGAAAACCAAAAGGAGCGUGUCAACCAAAUGAUCGAAGACCAGGAGCCGUUCGAGGGGGAGGCUCUUUUGGAUGCCAAAUGCUUCAAGUGAAAGUAUCUAAAUCUAAUCCCUUCACUUGAAAUGGUGUUUUUUGUCUGUCUAUCUUUUUUGUUAGGGUUUGUUUCUUUGGUGUCUGAGUGAGACCAAGUAUAAGUUACAAGUCAUGUUUCUGCACUUCAAUUUUGGAGAAUGGUUUAGACAUCUAAAAUUAUAUAUGAUACAGUCUUCGAAGGUUUAUUA